AUGGCUAGUAUAGACGUCAGGAAGUCCCCUUCAAUAGAGGUGAAAGAAGACUCACCAAGCUCCAAAAUUAAGAGAUCAAAGACAUUCACUGGAUGCUUCACUUGCCGUUCUAGAAAAAUUAGAUGUGAUUUAACCACACCAGCUUGCAAGAAAUGUACAAGAGCAGGGUUAAUAUGUGCAGGAUACGAUAUCAAGUUAAGGUGGUCAUUACCCAUUGAAUUCAAUAGUAAAAAUGGAAGUGCAAUUUCCAAGCUGGUUGUCUUCAAACGUAAACAAGCAACAAAUGAUUCCGAUGAGGAAGAACAAGGAAAUGCAGAUUACUUUCAGAGAAGGCAUGUUGGAUUUGUCACCUGGGAUGAAAAGAAGAAUUGUAAACCUUAUGAAACUUAUGAAGAAAUGGAUCGAGAUCUUGGGAUAUUACACAAUUCUGGAAAUGAUCGAUUAGUCAACCAAGCAGGGAAAACGAAACUAUUAGGACCUUUCGGUGUAUUUAAGGGUUCAAAAGCAAAGAUGAAGAAACAAACUGAUAGCUCUGAUAAAAAGGCCACAAAGAGAGAAAACGAUAACCCUGACAAAGAUGCUGUGAAGAGAGUCAAGCCUACUAUCCCCGCUAGAUACGUAGAUGCAAGUUCUUCCUCACACAACAAUACCAUCAAUUACGCAGUACCAAUCAACAAGCCUCCACUUUCUACGUCCGUAUCAACAACUCCUUCAUCCAUUAGUGGUUAUGACAACACUGCUCCUCAUGAUCAAUUUUGGUUGUCGACCGAGUUGCGAGAUGAUGCCAUGUUGACAGCAGCUGCAUUGGACAAUCAAUUUUUGGAUUUGAUGAAUAAUUUCACACCUGGAAGUGCACUUCCAAGUGGAGUAGUAACUCCUAGACAUAAGAGCAAUUAUAAUGCAGCGUUUAAUUUCAAUAAUCCGAAUGAUAUAUUAAACUUGGUAUUUCAUAGGACACACAACUUCAAUGCUCCUCCGCACGUGAAUGCUCAACAUCCAACACAACUGGCGAUCCCUGCUUCUAAUAUGCUUAAUAUGUCAGCUGCAUCCAAUACAGCGAUAGAUCCAACAAAUCAGCACUUGUAUUAUUCCAAUUAUAAUAACUAUUAUUACAACAAUCCAUACUCAUCCAAUGAAACGUUGCAAAUUCAUCUACAUGCAUCAAUGCAAAACGAUGAAGAAGACUCCACUGAUCUAGUAGAGGGUGACCAUCAGAACGCUACUAGAAUGCCAGCAUCCAUUAUGAAUAUAGUUGAGAGUCCAUUGAAAUUGGGUAUUGAUUUAUCGUUGCCUAGUAAUUCCUCAAAAUCUCCAAAAGUGGAUAUUCCAACUACUGCAUUGCAGAUACAACCAUUAACAAGAUAUUUGUUAAACUAUUAUGUCAAUGAAGUUGCAGAUUUAAUGACUGUGAUUCCAUUAACAGAGAAUCCAUGGAAAGCGAUAUAUUUCCCAAGAGCAUUGAUGGCUAUCGGUGAGCUACUGGCGUUGGGGAAGACAUCAACAGCGAAGAAUGCAUUGUUGAAUGCGCUUUUGGCUGUAUCGGCCUUUAAUUUACAAUCCAAGUUUCCCAAGAAUUCAGAACCUAUGAAGUAUUAUUUAAAUUUAGGAAUUGCAUUAAGAAAUCAAGCAAGUUUGUUUGUGAAACAGUUAUUAAAUUCCAAAAGUGAUACCCAAUCGGGUAUUGAAUACUGCAUUUCUCAUGAGAAAUAUAAAGAUGUUUUAUGUGCAGUUAUGACUAUGAUCAGUGUCGAUUUGGUAUGGGGUACAAUGCAAGAUACCGGAGUAUACAUUGCUUGGUGUGGAAAAGUUAUUCUUGCCAAAAUGGCCAAUAAGAAGAAGUUAUCAUCAAAGGCAAGAAUUCUUCAUCGAAUUUUCCUGUCUAUGAAAUUAAUUCAAGAUUCAACUUGUUUAGAUAUUGAAAGUAUCAAAGAUGACUUUGAAUCGAAUUUGGGAAGUGGCUAUGAUGUUAACGGUGAUAAGUUUGGCAACACAAGUGCACCUGUAGAUAAAAUUGGCAAAGCAAGAAUUGACUUUAUAGUCAACAAUACAUUUAGUGGGAAGACAACUACAAAGACUGCGUCUCCGUCAUUUGUUAAUAAGAAGUUAAUUAAUACCAAGAAAAACGACGAAAAUUUUGCAACCGAUGCUUUGUAUGGGCUACCAAAUUCCUUGAUUUUAUUGUUUAGUGAUACUGUGGAGUUAUUGAGAACCAAAAUAUAUCACAAAGGCACACACAAAGAAUUGCCGCCUAAUUUUAAAAAUAGAAUUGAAGAAUUGAAUUCGAAGUUAUUGAAUUGGAAACUCGAUUGGGAAUUAUUUGAAACAGAAAACGACGAUUCGAAUGAUCUUGCAGAAGUUGACAAUGAUCUUGACGAUGUGCACAUGAGAAAUGUAGAAAUUGAACUUCGAAAAGAUGCAAAGAAGAAAUUUUAUUCUCCUAUGCAUGAAGCUACAUAUCAUCAUAUUAUGUCUUUCUAUCAUGCUUUGGUGAUAUACUUUGCUAGAUUAAUUAAGGAAAUGCCACCCGAUAAAUUACAAACGAAGGUGGCAAAGACCCUAAAUCAUUUGAAUUCAAUCCAAAAACUAAUUGCAAAAGAUGAGGCUUCAAUGAUUCCAUUAUUUUGGCAAGGUUUCAUUGCUGGAUGCGAAGCGAUUUCAAUUAAUUUGCAAAUGGGAUUUAAGAAAUGGGGUGCUGAUAUUGCACAAUAUCUAGGAAGUUAUUGGGGUGCUAGACAAAUCAUGCUAGAAGUUUGGAGACGAAAAAGGAUGAAUGAGCCGAGGGAUGAUUGGGUGAGCGUGGUGCAAGAUUGGGAGAUGAACUUAAUGUUAAAUUAG